AUGAGACUCACGAUCACAGCCUCUUGCGCUCUACUCAUCGCCAACUCCGCUCAUGCCCUAAACAUGGCCUGCAAAUGUUCAGGAGAAAUCGCACCCAUACACGCCAUCAGGGAGUAUACAGAGCAAUGCUGCACAACCCGCGCGAUUUCUUUUCCCAACGGCGAGGCACACCUUGGUAUCUGGGACAUUGUUACCAAACAGUGCCGGUUUAGGCUGCCGGAGACGCAGAUGUCGUUGGCGGAUGGAAGUGCGGGAUUCAGUCGGUGUUGUGGGGUUACGGGGGAGAUUUGGGGGGUUACGGGGGGGUCUUGUGAGUGA